CAUUCAACUUGCCAAAAUCUACCAUCUCUAACUUGUAAUAUAGUAAAUAAACUCUAAAAAAUUGAAAAUUUAAACAAAAGUGCGGCUUAAAUAAUAACUGAAUAGCAAUAAAUAGGAGGCGCCAAAAUGGAAACACACUUUAUGGCCAAAAUGGGCAAGUGGAUGACCCCCGAAGAGGAGGCACGCCAAAAGUUCAUCAUGCGGGAACGGGAUCGCGAACGUAAACGAAUCAAACGCAUGAAUCCCGAAUAUCGGCAAAUGGAACGUGAACGAGAUCGAUUUCGCAAACAGACGCCCAGACCAAGUCUGAUGUCCCCAGAGGAGGAGGCGCGGCACAAAUUCAUGAUGCGGGAACGGGAUCGGGAGCGAAAGCGUAUCAAACGUCUGAAUCCCGAAUAUAGAAGAAUGGAGCGCGAACGCGAUCGAUUUCGCAAGAAGGCACGACGUGCUAACUUAACACCAGAGGAAGAACUGCGCCUAAAGAUGAUACAACGCGAAAGGGAUCGUGAAAGAAAGCGAAUUAAACGCUUAAAUCCCGAAUAUCGUAGAUUAGAGCAAGAACGUGAUCGUGAUCGUAAAAAGGCCAGAAGAGCGAAUGAGGCCUUCCGGCAAUUGGAAAAGUUACGUGACAAAAUACGCAAAGAGCGGAAAAAGGGUCUCUUGGUAACAGAUCCCACACAAUUGCCGCCGGAAUUUGCGGCUAUGAUACCGCCAGUGCCUAAUGUCAAGCCUGAGAUUUUAACAACAUCUCAAGGACAGCCGCAAACUCAAGAGCAGCAGCAGCAACAACAGCAACAGCAAUUACAGCAACAACAACCACCACCUACGCUUCAUCAAAACCAGCAGCAACAACUUGCAGCCCAUCAACCACCACCCCCGCCUCCCCAUGCCGCUCAUGCACAUCAACAACAACAACAGCAGCAGCAGCAACAGCAGCAGCAACAACAACAGCAGCAACAGCAGCAGCGACAUCGCUCGCUGUCAUCGCAUCCUUCUAUCUCCUCGAGUGCCACACUCACACAACUGACGGCCGCUGCCCAGCAUACAGCACCGCCCUCGCACACGCAUUUACAGCAGUUAAAUAAGUUGCAACAAUUAUAUCCGCCUCGCAGUUUCGCCCACCCCGCCCUGCCUAUAGCCGGUGUGACUUUAAUGCCCCAAUUGUGUCAUCCCAUAUUGCAUCAGAAUCUAAGUGCCACAUUAUACGGCGGACCCCCGCCUAAUGGCAUUAAGCAGGAAUAUGGACAACCAGAUGUGGCAGUUGCCGCCGCUGCUGCUCAGGCAGCUGCCUUGGCCUCGCUGCGACAACAAGAUGAGUCUGAGAUGGCUUUAAAUUUGGAGCCAGAAAUAAUCUUACAAACACCGCCCGAUGUGGUGGUAAAUCCCGCCCAACAGCAACAGCAGCAGCAGCAUCACUACAGUCAGCAGCAACAUCAUCUGCAACAGCAGCAACAACAGCAGCAGCAACAGCAUUGUAACAUGUUCCAGCACAUGGCUCCGCAGGCUCAUAUGCAACAUAUGCGCCCAGCGCCAUUGCCACCACCACCGCCUUCCGUGGCGACUGCAGCACCACCGCCUCCAGCAGCACAACAGCCGCCACCGUCACAAAUGUAACCCCAGCACCAGCAGACAGCAGUAGACACACCCGUAACAACCAAUAAUUUAAAGAAAAACCAGAAAAGCGAUACUAAGAUACUCGGCCUUUAGUCCUUAAGCUCAACUAGCCAGCAAACGAAACCUACAAACAAUCAAAAAACACGUUCGAACACUUUAACAAAAUUUUCACAAGUUUAGAGUUGUGAGUUUUCAGUAGAAAUACCAUAAUGUGAUUAUUAUGUCGAAUUUAUUAAACAAGCAACUCAUGUUCUUAAGCAAUAUCAGAUCUUUAAAUCAUUUAUAUUUGAAUUCCAAUUUAUUUAAUUGUGCUUUGACCACAAUUUUUUAUACUUUUGAACUUUUAAAGAGAAAGAGUUGAAAGAGUUUCUAGAUUUUGCCAGGUUGAUCAAAUUGUUUACAAUUUAUAACAGUUUUCAAAUUAUUUAUAUAUUUAAAGAAAAAAGUUAAUUCUGUUAUUAAUACAACCAUAAUUUUAGACAAUUUAAAAAGUUUAUCAAUUUUACUUCGCUUUUAAGUCAACUUGUGUGUUGUAAAAAUUUUAUUUUCCAUAUUUCCAAUUUAAUUGCUUUGAUUUAAGCGAAUGGAAUCCACUACUAAUAUUAAGUUGAUAUUUAAAUUGAUUGAAUUUUACUUUGUUAUGUUCUUUUUGAAAAUCUGUAAAAUUAUUUUCUAAGUCAAAACUCACAACUCUAAAGGAAUCAGUAUUUUUAAAGUUAUCUCAACACGGUGGACUAAGCACAACUUUCCAAUACUUUUUGUUAACAAAGAAAACUUUUUGAUAAGUUCAAAAGAAUUCAUGUUUGUGUUUAAAGAAUGUUUCAACGUUUUUCUAAAGAAUUCUUGAUCAUAAGUAUUAUCAUAGACAACUUAGUGUUCCCAUGUGAAUAUGUUUAAAUAUUCAUAUCAGAAAACAAGUUGUUGUUUGGCUAUGCGAGGUAUUUAACACAUUUAAAAACUACUUCAACAUACAAAAAGCCUACAGCACUUUUCAAAAUAUCACAAUGUUUUUACAAAAUGUGUAUAUUUUUCC